UACCACGUGGCUCGUGCGAGCUUUCGCUUUUCAUAUAAAAGCUCCGCAGCCUCAAAAGCCAGCAGUUGUUAGCGCGCGCUUUCCUCGAUCGAUUUUUUUUUACGAUACUUAUUACAGGCGUUGAUAAUUUAGAACAUGAGCAAAUUCGGUUCGCUGUCCAACGGCUCGAUGUCGAUGAUGAGCAGUCGAGGCGGCGGAAGCUCGUCUCGUGGAAAAUCAAAUCUCGCCGUCAACAUAGGCCAGAACAACGAGAUGUGCUUAAUGGCCGGAAGGAAAGAAACUUUCGCUAACGACCCACAGAUGACUUUUCCAGGACAGGGCGUUGUCAGGCCUAAUCUUAUCGCCGGCCGAGAGGACGGAAGCAGCGAUCAAUUCGAGCUCGGCGCCUACGGCUACGGGAAGAACAACGUGAAGCUUCUCUACGUCCGCCGCGAAAACGCCCUGCGCCACGAGAUCCGCGAGUACGAGAUCGACGUGCAUCUGCGUCUAAGCACACAGAAGGAUUACCUGGUCGGCGACAACCGGGACAUCAUAGCUACCGACAGCCAGAAAAACACCGUCUACCUCAUGGCCAAAAAACACGGUGUCAAGUCGCCCGAGGAAUUCGCCAUAAUUCUGUGCUCGCACUUCCUCUAUCAGUACAGACACGUCGAGGAGGUGAACGUCAGGGUCGAGGAGUAUCCCUGGAGCAGACACGAGGUCAACGGUGUGUCCCACAAUCACGCGUUCGUGUUCACGCCCACCGCUACGAGGUACUGCCAAGUGACCCAGCUUAGAAACGAGUCGCCGAGGAUCCGAGGUGGACUGAAGAACCUGAGGGUGUUGAAGACGACCCAGAGCUCGUUCACGGACUUUAUCCAGGACGAUUAUCGGACUCUGCCCGACGCGAACGAUCGCAUCUUCAGCACAGUCGUCACCGCCUCCUGGGACUUUUCCACUGCUUCGGGGGUCGAUUUCGACGCGGUUUGGCGCACAGUCAAGAAUUGCAUCCUCGAGAAUUUCGCCGGUCCGCCGGUCAGCGGAGUUUACUCGCCGAGUGUGCAGAAUACGCUCUAUCUCGCCGAAAGGGGAGUUCUCAGCAAGGUCGAUCAGAUUUUCAGUAUCGAAAUGCAGAUGCCGAACAAGCACUACUUCGACAUCGAUCUGAGCAAGUUCUCGAAACUGGUGCCAACGGAGAACAAGGAAGUUUACCUGCCGAUGGACAAGCCCUCCGGGAUCAUCUACGCGCAGCUGAAUAGGAAAGAUUUCAACACGAGGUCGAAGCUUUGACUUUGUCGCCUCGAUGUAUAAUCGCUCAUCUGAAUAACCUACAGUAUUUGUCAUACAAUUAUCCUUGUAUGUAACGUUGUUAUCUCGUUUUUUUGUUUUGUUUUUUUUUCUAUUAAUAAAUAAACAUUUACUGCAAUCCAUCGUA